AUGGAACCAUCGUCGCCGGAGACAUAUUUGGAAAACGUCGGUGGCAACUGUGUAAUUGUCACCACGUUGAAGUCGUGUAAUGCUGCCUCUCAAAAUCCGCAGCAAUUUCCCUGUUUUUCCCAAGCGGAGGCGAGGCCCCUCUUUAACUCCAACAAUCGCUGUCCCCCGCCACUUCCCCCGGCUUCAGGGCUCAACUCUUCCGUUAACCUUGACGAGGCAGCUUCUGGUGCAUUCAAGAAGGCGGAUCUCGUUUCUUCCUGCCCUAUGAUGUCGCACGAAAAUGCUCUUCCAGACACACGACAUAACGAGAAUCACUGGAAAAGCUCGAGUGAGGUGGUCUCUCCGGGUUUACAGGCACUGGCACCCAUGGAUGCAACUCUGGUUCCUUCCUUCUGGGCAGUGAAACGGACUCCUCACCUAGGCCCACUUGUUAUAGUAAAACGACCGCAACGAACAGACGUCGCGGAACGGGUUGCUUCACUCAGUGAGGUUGAAAAGAUGUCGCAUCAAAGCGAGGUGGAAAGCUUGCGCAUUCAACUGGAGAGAUCGAAUGAGAGAGUGGAGGCGGUUAAGUCCAAAGCGGAGCAAAAUUUUCUUGAGCGAGUCCGACAGGUUGAGGAAACACAUCGCGAGGAAGAACGCUGUCGUCGGCAGCAGUUUCAAGAGGCCCUAUCAGGCCUUCGUGCGGAGAAUGAGGAACUGAUGCGGCGUGUAAAGUCUAUGGAGGACAAUGCAGGUUGCACUGCGGUUCGAGAGCGGGAAAAAAUGCAGAGUGAGUGGAGCAGUCGUUUUUUGGAGAACGAAGAUCAAUGGAAGCAACGGCUUAGCGUCGCACAGAAGCAGUGGGGGGAUUGCGUAGAUGAGCAGGUUCGGGAAAAGCACGAAGCCCUGCGACAGGUGCAGGAACUUGCGCAUGUGGUAACGGAACUUGAGAUAGCCCUGCAGCGGGUAACUCGUGAGAAGUGUUGGGCGGAACAGCAGUAUGACACGCUUCUGUCUAGUCAGCAUCAGGGAAACAGCCCGAGUGUGUGCGUUAAGGGCGAAAAAAAAGAUGCAGGAGUGCAGCAUGCUCACGAGGGGGAGGUGUCGGCACUGCGUCGUGCGUUGAAAGAGGCUGAGGGGCGUGAGGCAGCACUAAUGGUGCAGUUGGAGGCAUGCGGGAAGGAGGCAGCUGUGCAAGAGGACAAAUUCGAAAGACGUCUGUAUCAGGUGCGCGAGGAGCUCGAAAAUGAGAGGCGACGAGGAUCUGAUAUUGUGAAACUGUAUAGUGGUCAGGUAGAGUCACUGCAUCAACAGCUUAACGAUGCCUUGCGGCGAAGCAAACAGUUGACGAAGGAACUGAUGAGGUUUCAGGAAUGA